AUGGCUCCUGCUGAACCAUAUGCCAUCCCCUUCAGGGCGAAGGGUGUGAUCCCAGAAUUCAAAGAAGAGAGGGAGGGCUGGAAGGGAUAUAUUGAAUGGGAAAAGUACCCUGAGAAGAAGAAGCAGGUUGAGGAGCUCAUGGCCCAAUAUGAAUUUCCUGACCCACCUGAAUUCCAAUUUGAACCGUUGCCCAAGACCAACCCCAUUCUCAAAGGAGAACGAUGGAAGCAGUACCACUAUGCUCUUGGACUGGGACACCUCACCGAAAUCAGCUGGGACAUCGUCAAGAAAGAAAAGUCGGAGGACAUGAUCCACGUGUUGCAGUUUCCCUACAACGGCGAACCCCCGCGCGAUCGCCUCGUCGAGACGGAAAUUACCGACAACAAAGACCACUUCGUUCGCAACCAUGGCGGCAUCCCUGAGAUUGACGAGGACAAAUACACCCUCGACAUCACUGGCCUCGUCAACAACCCGCAGACACUUACGCUCCACGACCUCAAGACCAAGUUCCCGCACCAAAGCAACGUGGUCUCGCUCCAGUGUUCCGGUACUCGCCGCAUCGAGCAGAUCGCGCAGUACCCCGGUGAUGGCGACGAGCUCAUCAACGCCCCAUGGGGCGAGGGCGCCAUUGGCACGGCCCGCUGGACGGGCGUCAGCCUGAAGAAGGUGAUCAAGUACUGCGGCGGACUGAAGGACGGGGCGGGCCACAUCGAGUUUUACGGCGCCGACACGUACUUCAAGAAGGGCAGGGUGUACAACUAUGCGGUGAGCGUGCCCUGGCGCAAGGUGAAGGUGAACGAGGUCCUCCUCGCGUGGGAGAUGAACGGCGAGCCGCUGCCCAAGAUCCACGGGUUCCCGUUGAGGGCCGUCGUGUUCGGGUACAUUGGCGCGCGAAGCGCGAAGUGGCUGACAGAGAUCCGGGCCAUCCCAAACGAGAGCCCGGCGCCGGUGCAGAGGCGGGAGUACAUUUAUUACACGCCACAGAUCGGGAAGCAGAACGUAAAGUACAGCAACGGCUUCUCGAUCCAGGAAAUGCCCGUAUCGUCGGCCAUCAUGUCGCCUGUGGACAUGGACCAGAUCAUCCACGACGGCAAGAUCAAGGUGCGCGGAUGGGCGUUCUCUGGUGGCGGGCAUUGGCCCGUGAGGGUCGAGGUCAGCGCAGACGGCGGAUCUGUGUGGUACGAGGUGCCGUAUGACAAAAUGACCACGAAGUACUUCCACGCGUGGCGGCUGUGGGAGAUUGAGCUGCCGGUGGACGCGGAGGGGUGGUUGGAGUUCUGCGUGAGGACGUGGGACAACGCGUGUAACACGCAGCCUACUUAUGUGCGGUCCGCUUGGAACUGGGACCUUCACGUCACGUCCUCGGCCCACCGCAUCAAGGUCUACAGCAUGAACCGGUCCAGACCCGAGACGGCUGCCAGGCUGAACAAGCUCGAGGAGAAGGGAAUUCCCAUCUUGCCGAUCACGCACCCUGUCGAGAUCGAUCUGGAGUCGGAUGAGGAGUACGAGAGGAACAUGGCAGCCCAGGGUGGUCGUGAUCCGAAGGAGUGA